UUGAGACAUGAGCAGCGUGAUAUGGGCACAUGGACCCUUGUUUUGGAGAGCAGCACAACAGCUGCACAAAAUCCUCCGCCAUGAUGUUGCGCUGCUUCCCGUAGCUAUACAGCCAACACGAACGAACGAACGAAUGAAUUUAAGCUUCAGUGAGACACACAACUGACUUCAGGAGCUGGUAUGCUAUUGGAGUGGUCUAGGGAUGCCAAAGGAGAAAUAUGACCCGCCUGAUUCCAGGCGGAUGUACACUAUCAUGUCCAGUGAGGAGGCAAACAGUGGGAAAAAAUCCAUUUGGGAUGGGCUUGAAAUAACUGGUAAUGUUCGGAGUCUCAGCUCGGGCCUUUGGUCGCUCACGCACCUCACUGCUUUGCACCUAAGUGACAACUCCCUGUCACGUGUCCCACCUGAAAUUGCCAAGCUGCACAACCUUGUGUUCUUGGACCUGUCGUCCAAUAAGAUCAGGAGCCUGCCAGCAGAGCUUGGCAACAUGGUGUCUCUCAGGGAACUGCUUUUAAACAACAACCAGUUGCGGGUUCUGCCUUUUGAAUUGGGGAAACUGUUUAAGUUACAAACACUGGGGUUGAAAGGCAAUCCACUCACUCAAGAAAUUAUGAGCCUCUACCAGGAGCCAGAUGGCACCCGGCGACUGCUGAACUACCUUUUGGACAAUCUAGCUGGUGCUAUCAAGCGCAUCCCAACAGAGCAACCUCCAUCCAGAUCCUGGAUUGUGCUGCAGGAGCCUGAAAGGACGAGACCAACAGCCUUGUUAACUGUAAUGUGCUACAACGUGCUGUGUGAUAAGUACGCCACACGCCAGCUCUACGGCUACUGCCCUUCCUGGGCCCUUAAUUGGAGCUACAGGAAAAAGUCCAUUAUGCAGGAGAUCCUCAGCUGCAAUGCAGAUAUUAUCAGCUUACAGGAAGUGGAGACAGAACAGUAUUAUAACUACUUCCUUGUGGAGCUGAGUAAACAGGGAUAUGAUGGAUUCUUCAGCCCAAAAUCCCGGGCCAGAACCAUGUCUGAAUCAGACAGAAAACAUGUAGAUGGAUGUGCAGUAUUCUACAAAACUGAAAAGUUCAGCAUGGUGCAGAAACACACAGUCGAGUUUAACCAGCUGGCUAUGGCCAAUUCAGAGGGCUCGGAGGCUAUGUUGAAUCGGGUCAUGACCAAGGACAACAUUGGGGUGGCCGUGUUACUGGAGCUAAAGAAUGAGUUAAUGGAGGUGUCAUCAGGUAAGUCUAUCCAUGCAAUGGAGAAACAGCUCCUACUAGUGGCUAAUGCUCACAUGCACUGGGACCCAGAAUACUCUGACGUGAAGCUGGUGCAGACCAUGAUGUUCCUGUCAGAGGUGAAGAAUAUCAUAGACAAGGCCUCCCGCAGUCUGAAGCUCUCCUCUGUGUCUGGAGAAACCAACAGCAUCCCUUUGGUGCUGUGUGCCGACCUCAACUCACUUCCUGACUCGGGUGUUGUGGAGUACCUGAGCACAGGUGGGGUGGACUGCACCCACAAAGACUUCAAGGAGCUGCGCUACAGUGACAGUCUGACCAACUUCAACUGCAAUGGCAAGAUCAGCACAUCUAACGGAAGGAUCACGCAUGGUUUCAAGUUGAAGAGUGCCUACGAGGACGGGCUCAUGCCUUACACCAAUUACACUUUUGACUUCAAGGGUGUCAUUGACUACAUCUUCUACUCCAGGCCACAACUGAGCGUGCUGGGCGUCCUCGGGCCUUUGGACACAAACUGGCUCCUGGAGAACAAUAUCAGUGGUUGCCCACACCCUCACAUCCCCUCAGAUCACUUCUCCCUGUUUGCACAACUGGAGUUGGUCCUGCCUUAUCCUCCCCCUCUCAAUGGGGUCCACUUACCUGGACACAGGUAGUAAGCCCUCCCGGCCACUGGUGGCGCUGCAGAGUCCCAACUUUUGAAAACGAUAAAACCUCUAAGCAGUUCCUUUUUUUUAAUAUAUUACCUUUAUUCAUUUUUAGGGUCCAACAUGUUCCAAUUUGUCAGGGAGUUUUUUUCUUUCUUCUAUUUGUUAAGCUAUAGAUCUUUUUUUAUUUUUUUGAAUCAAUCCUUCCCAUAGGCUGAUAUAUUAUCAUAUUUUUUUUUUUAAAUUGUUGGGCAUAGCUUGUGUGCAUACAAUGUAUCCAAACCGUAAGAUGAGGGUAACACACUUGGUCACACACUCAAAGGGAUUGCAGACUGUUUUAGUUCAUUUUAUGGUCAGACCUUAAUAUUAAAAUCCAGUCGUUCUUGUGAUUCUGCAAAUAAGCAUUAACCAAUUUCUUUAUGAAUUCAGCCUCAAUUUAAAUACUUUUUUUUUUUUAAAGCUGAUGUUCCACUGAACAGAUAUAUUGCUUGCAGUUGAAUUUCAUUUCAGACACACCAACAUAACUCUCCUUUUGGAUGAGUGACCAAUGUGUUGUGCAGACUCAGUAAGUAAAAUUUGUCCCCAACCGGGAAAGAGAGGGGAACCCCAAGAGCUUUUCCACUUGUGCGGUGCUGAAACUCGCUCUACGUCGGUGCUUCAUCUCCUGAUGUUUUAACCUCCCAUCAAUGGUGCAAUAUUCCGAACGCUCUAGACGUUCUAAGCGAGGGCGCUGUUACGGAAUGUUUUUACACGCGUAGGUAACGUAAAAGCACUUAUUUGUCUUUCUCUCUCCCUCAGGUGGGAGUUGGAAUGGUUUGAGCUUAAUAUGUAAACCAAAUUAUUUUAGAUGUCUCAAUUCAGCGUCACUGCUUUUUGCACACUAUUGUUUUAACCCGUUCUAUGGAGGCAGGCUCUCUUUGUUUCUUUGUAUGAAAGGCUAUGUGAAUAAUAUAAACUGCGCUUGAUCUCACUGUGGUUAUAAACGGGAUGCUUUUAUUAGAAAGGGAGGUUUUAUAUAUAAGAAGACUAACCAGGGAGUCUUUUAACCAGCGUUUUGUCACUGUAUUAGGUUGAAAAGGAUUUCCCAUACCUUUUUAUCCUCUCAUUACACACAUCUUUGAAAGAUCUGUAGCAUUAUUCUUGAGGCUAGUAAUGUUCUGACCUAGCCGUAACCACCUCUUGCGUUGUAUCAGAGGGGGUCUUCCCAGGUCUUUGUACAAAGUGUAAUCAAAUGUAUUAAGACAAAUUUAGGCUUGACUUGAUUGUAUAUGAGCCACAUGCAAGAUUACCUUACUUUUCUUUGUUCUUUUGUAAUAAAUUAUGAUCCAAAUUCAGAAAAAUAAGAUUGUAUUGUAAGCUACAUUUUUAUCAAAAUUAAUCAAAACUUACCAGCUUGUAUAAAAGACAGAGGUUGUUCCUGGUUCUCGCUGCCAUACUUUUGCACUCAUCGCUCAUUUUGCACUUUUUUUACUAUGGUAAUUUAUUUUCUUUUGUAACUUUUGGAGUACAUGCUUUUCUUGUCCAUCCAAUCAUUCAUCUCGAGCUAUUUUUUCAGUGUCUCUCAUUGCUGUAGAUGUAAAGGGAGGGGAAUCGCGAAGCUCCGUAACAUGCCAUCUGUCUAUGUGAUGUGAAGACAAGUCAAUAACAUUUCUGCCAUUCCUUUAUUUAUAGUGCAACUGUGUAUCUGUUUUGCACACUCUUCGGUGAGCACCUGAAACCACCUGUCUUUGGAAAAAAAAAAAAAAGACCCUUUACUGUUGUUGUUGUUGUACAAAUUUUAUGUAGUUUAUUUUCGGGUUGCGUUAUGCUAUCAGUACAUCUCCAAGAGUCUCAAGAAAUCAGGUAUAGGACAUUAUUUUUGCUUCACGAAUGAUUUUUGCAACACACCACCAAACAUUUUAAAGUCAAGACUGUGUAUACAUUUUUCAUAUUUACGUCUGUCUAUAAUUGGUUUUAUAUGGCCAUAAUCUUUCCUGUACUUCAAGUGGGAUUUUUAUAUCUCCAUAACCUUCAGUUCUGAGCCUUUGGACCAAAUUAUCAUCUCUAAGACUUGUAAAUGAUGUCUGGCAGUGGUCUAUUUGUGGGUAGGUGUUUAGCACUAAAUAUAUUUUGGAUCACUAAACUGAUGUCAGCAUGACCAUCACACAUUCAACAUGUCUCAAAUCAGUUUCUUUCAACUAUGCAGUAGUAUCGCUUUUACGUCUUGCUUUAUUUUAGCAGUAAGAACCAGAGCAGUCUUUUGUUAUUCGGGGCCUCUUCACAAUAUUCUCUAUCAUUUUGUUUUGUCUUAAGUGACCAUGAAUUGUUAAUGGUAUUAUAGUAGAAAUGAGAUUUAGCUUUUUGUAAAAUGUGAAUAAAAUGUGUAUUGAAUAUUUCCUUUCUACAAAACAAAUUAAUUGUGUUGUGUGUGUGUAUAUAUAAUGAAUUCUCCUGUAUUAUUGGUGUCUCUUUUUAAUGAUCUGUUUCACAAUUAUUAACAUGCUUUUUGGUCCUAUAACAAAUUUGCUUCUCCGACUGAAGUAGGUACCCACAGAUGGAUGAUGUUAAAUCUGUAGGGCAUCCUGCUUUGUUAGUAGACUAGUUUUCAUGCAGUUUAAUGCCAUGAUGGAGAGCAGUUUGACACCAGGUGUUAUCGGAGAUGGUGUCUUGCUUACACUAAACUGAAUGUUAAAGUAUUUGACUUGAUAUUGGUGCAUUUCAAUCAGUGAUAAGUGGUUGUACCUGACAUUGCUGCUUAAAGUGAUAGAAGAAAUAGUAUUUGUAAUGGAGAGAGACCUAUGUGGUUAAAUUGAUUUGUUUUUAAUUCAUCGUUCCCCAAACAAAGACCUUAAAUGUCAAAAGUUUUCUUAAUUUCAGUAGUACACAUCCAACAUUUACGCUUAAACUAGUAGAAACUGUGCAAUUAAUAAUCAAAUCUUUCUUUUAUUUUUCUUUACCACUUGAUUUCUUCCUGCUUUAGCCUUUAUAUUAUAACAGAACUUUUCCAGCCUUCGUUUUUGAUACUAAAAACCUGCUGCAAUAAAAUUGAUAGACUAGCUGGGCCGUUUUGAUUUUUACCUCAGAAUACUUGCAUUUCGCAGAGGCCAAUGACCUUUUGUAGUAGUUGCUCUUUGACUAACACUGUACAUACUGUCAUGAGCCAUUAUGUAGUACAUGGGAUCAACUCUUGUUUACCAUUCAAGAUAAUGCCAGCAGAGAUACACACCCAUAAUUUAAAAAAGAAAAGCUUUCAUGAUAUUCAAUGAAUGUUCAAUCUCUAAUAAAAUCCAAAAAAGGCAGCUCUUAAAAAAAAUCUCUGGAAAAGAAUGGUAAGCAACUAUUUUCUGUCCGUUCUCUGUAUUCUUAGUUCUAGAGAUCUGUACAUAGAAGUUCCUUUACAGUAUGUAUUUUCCUAUCUAUGGUUGAUAAUAAAUUCUUUCUGCUUCAUGA